UAUAUGUGUAGAGAGACCAAUCUGCAAACAGGGCUUAAACCUGUUUAUAACACCAAGUUAACAGAACUCUUAAACAAUACAUUUUAUUGCUUGACAAGAAUUACAAUAAGUAAACAAAUAUGGAUUGGGCAGAGGAAUUAAAAAUGUCAAUUCGAAAGACAACCGCCCGUAAAGGUCGUCGUUCCAAAAGCCGGGAUGUGCUUAAAGACGCACCACCAACAUCAUCAAACUCUACAUCGGCACAGCUAACAUCUUCUGCAAAUGCUGAAUUGUCUUUGGACUUGAAUUUGGAUAUCCAAACAUCUACCAGUAACAAUGUUUCAACACCCUUUACAGCUGGUUCUUCGGCUGGUGGCGCUGGAGAUAUUUCUAGUUUAAUGUCACCUUCAGCAUCAGAUACAAAACGUCCACCAAUGUUAAGGCGAAUAUCAGGUGGAUGGGCAGAUUCGUCUAGUGGGGGAAAACUUAAGUCAAAGAAAGGAUCUUUCGAAGAUGAAAGGUUUGGUUUAAAAUCACCUAAUAAUAACUCACCUAUAGAUGACAUACCUAUUAUACCCGAUUUGGAUGAUAUCAAGGAUGACAUGUUAAUGAAUGAAAUAGCCGAACCUCCCUCAAUUGCCGUCAAUCGUGUGGUCACUCUGAAAGAACUUAAUUCAGAUUUACUAUCUCAAAAUGCAUUUUCAGCAAUAGAUGAUGUUGAUUUAUCCAUCUUGACGAAAUGUUUGCAACCCCAAGAAACUUUGGAUGAAGCAGACGAAGUGUGGGAAUGGCAAAAACUAUUCACAGAUGUUGUGGCUGAGAUUAAUUCGGACAAACCUUUGGAAAAUAAAAUGAAAAAAUUGGAACUUAAACCUGAUGAACUACCCCCGCCCAUGGAUGAUGAUUAGUUAUUCGUUAAUAAUAACAAAUAAUUGGACAAGACAAUGAUCUCUUUGAAAUAAUAAUUUAUUGCAAAUAUGCUAUUAUUUCAUCCCAUACAUGCAUAUAAGUCUUAAAAAUUUCUUUGCUUAAGAA